AUCUCACUCUCACGUACCGUUAAUAAAAGCAUCCGGAGUUCCAAGCAGCGCAGCCCUACUGGACCAUCUGCCCUGAGCGCGGUGCAGGAUCUCCCCAGCAGCACCACCACCACCAUGUCACACGGACCCAUCUACAACCCUCCUGUUCCAUUCAGCACCCAUUUUCACAAUGGCAUCAGUGAUGGGACACUGGUUGUUAUCAGCGGCACUGUGCUGCCUUCAGGUGAUCGGUUUGCUGUGAAUUUCCAGUGUGGUACUGGAGGAAAUGAUGAUAUUGCUUUCCAUUUUAAUCCACGUUUUGAUGGAGGAAUAGUUGUCUGCAACACCAAGGAGCACCAGAACUGGGGGAAGGAAGAAAACAAGCGCGAACUCCCAUUUCAUAGAGGACAUGCUUUUGAGAUCCGGUUUCUUGUUUCAAGCCAUGACUACAAAGUUUCUGUGAAUAGAAAUCACUUAUUGGAGUAUCAUCACAGAGUUCCUAUCCACCGAGUCAACACUUUAGCUAUAAGUGGCUGUGUCAGUCUCACCAAUGUUGAUAUACAAGCUCCAGGGGGCGGCUUUGCAGCUGGACAAAUGUACAAUCCAGCAUUCCCCCCACAGCAGUUUCCUCCUGGUGGUGGAUAUAGUCCAAACCAGUUUCCUCCUGGCCAAUAUCAAGCAGCAAAUUAUGCAAUCCCAUACCAGACUAACAUCUAUGGAGGCCUGUUUCCUAACAAAGUGAUUGUCAUCAGAGGAGCUGUUGCUGGACACCCUAAGAGAUUUCAUGUGAACCUGAAAUAUGGUGGUGGAAUUGCCCUUCAUUUUAAUCCAAGAUUUGAUGAGCAUGUUAUUGUACGGAACAGUCAGUUGAACAACAGUUGGGGUCAAGAAGAACGCCAGAUGCCCAGCUGUGGGAUGUGUUUUUCACCAGGGCAAAGCUUUGUGAUUGAAAUUAUUUGUGAACACCACUGUUUCAAAGUGAAUGUGAAUGGGAACCACGUGUGUUCUUUCAACCACCGUAUGCCGAACCUCCAGCAGAUAGACACUCUGCAGAUAGAGGGCGACGUUGUAUUGCAGAAUGUCCAAAUCUAGAUAUUGCUAUUGUGACAGAGUCUUUGUUAUUACUUGCAUAAUAACUCUGGGGGUAAUUCCAAGUUGAUCGCAGCAGGAAUUUUGUUAGCAGUUGGGCAAAACCAUGGGGGUAAUUCUGAGUUGAUCGCAGCAGGAUUUUUGCUAGCAGUUGGGCAAAACCAUGUGCACUGCAGGGGAGGCAGAUAUAACGUGCAGAGAGAGUUAGAUUUGGGUGGGGUGAGUUCAAUCUGCAAUCUAAUUUGCAGUGUAAAAAUAAAGCAGCCAGUAUUUACCCUGAACAGAAACAAAAUAACCCACCCAAAUCUAACUCUCUGCAAAUGUUAUAUCUGCCUCCCCAGCAGUGCACAUGGUUUUGCCCAACUGCUAAAAAUUUUUCCUGCUGCGAUCAACUUGGAAUUACCCCCUCUCUCUGAUGAUUUUAUGGUAUAUGUAAUAUUCUCUGUACGAAAAACACAUCUAAAGUAUAAGUUGGUUUUAUUUGAAAGAAUAUAUGCAUAAUAAUGAAAUGGUUAAAAUUAUUAACAUCAAUAAUUUGAAAAUAAAAUAUACCAUAUUUAUGUUCAA